GCAUGGGCGGGUUGUCAUGGCUGUGCGCUGCAAAACCUUCCAAUAUAGUAACGUAAAAUACUUAUUUGUCCUAAAACAAGCCAUGUCAGCGUCGGUGGCGGACAGCGACAUGGAAAUAUAUUUCACCUCAAAGUAAACAUUCUUGGCAAAGGCCCGUGAGGAAGCAGAGCCCUGCAGCAGCUGCCACGCACUGGAGCUGCAACUGGACAUAGUCAGGAUUGCUCUCAGCCACACCUACUUGGAAGCAAAGUUUCAGUCAUCUGCUGUUUCUUUGUCUUGUUGUCCCUGCUUGGCUACACAAAUCUUUUCACAAUAAUAAAGCUUGAAAUGCGUGCAAGCUUACAUCACAGUCAUGACUAGUGUUUUAGCGAAGCAGAAGUGAUGAGCUGAUUGCAAUUGAGAAGAAAUGGGGAAAAUAUUGUGUGGAAAUUCUCAAGUCACCCCUGAUCUCUUCCCGGAAACACCCCUGGUGCCGUCCCUCCCCGCAAUAUUAUCGGCACGAGCCAGCUCCGUCCUUCAGAAGCCCCGGAGGCGCAGCAGCAGCAGCGGAAGUGUCAGCGCUGCCAGGCCCCGGCCGUUGCGCGCAGCCCCCAGGCCAGGCCCCUGCAGAGGCAGCAUGGAGGUGGGCAUGCGCGUGGUGCGUGGCCUGGACUGGAAAUGGGGAAAUCAGGAUGACAGCGAGGGCCACAUAGGCACUGUGGUGGAGAUCGGGCGGCAGGGCAGCACUACCACGCCAGACAAGACGGUGGUGGUGCAGUGGGACAGCGGCACAAGAACCAACUACCGCACUGGUUACCAGGGUUCGUUUGACCUGCUGCUUUAUGAUAACGCUCAGAUCGGCGUGCGUCACUCCAACAUCAUCUGUGACAGCUGCAAGAAGCACGGCAUCAUGGGAAUGCGAUGGAAGUGCAAGGUGUGCUUCGACUAUGACCUGUGCACCCAGUGUUACAUGAACAACAAGCACGACCUGGGCCACGCUUUCGAGCGCUACGAGACUGCACACUCCCAGCCAGUGUGCUUGGCACCGAGGCAGAACCUCCCGCGGAUCAUCCUCAAAGGAAUCUUCCAGGGGGUUAAAGUGGUUCGUGGACCUGACUGGGACUGGGGCAACCAAGACGGCGGGGAGGGUAAGGUUGGGAAGGUAGUGGACAUUCGCGGCUGGGAUACGGAGUCUGGUCGCAGCGUGGCCAGCGUCACCUGGUCUAACGGCACCACCAAUGUCUAUCGAAUGGGCCACAAGGGCAAGGUGGACCUCAAAUACGUGUCUGACGGCCAAGGAGGCUUCUAUUACAAAGACCACCUACCAAGGCUCGGAGAGCAUGCGGAGCUGCAGCGCCAGGAGAGCGCUGACGGCCACUCCUUCCAGCAGGGCGACAAGGUCAAAUGUCUCUUGGAGAUGGAGAUCCUGCGACAAAUGCAGGAAGGCCACGGAGGGUGGAACCCAAAAAUGGCUGAGUACAUUUGCCGGAUCGGGACUGUUCACAGAAUCACUGACCGAGGAGAUGUCAGAGUCCAGUACAGCAACAACAUCCGCUGGACUUUCCAUCCUGGGGCCCUCACCAAGGUGAACACUUUUGGAGUUGGCGAACUAGUAAAAGUAUUGGAGGACAUCGAGAGUGUGAAGAGACUACAGGCUGGCCAUGGAGAGUGGACAGACAGCAUGGCUCCUGUGCUUGGCCAGGCCGGGAAGGUGUUGAAAGUAUAUGCGGAUGGUGACCUACGAGUGGCGUUCGGAGGCCAGACGUGGACGUUCAACCCAGCGUGCCUCUCGGCCCAGACCAUGGAGGUGGACGCCAACCUCAUGACUGCCGAGAACCCCAACGAAUCUGGAAGUACUGUCAUCUCUGUGUUGGAGAAGCUGCUGUCUCAGUCCACAGAGCAGGACAAUCCCAGCCGGCUGGUCAUCGAGGCAGCACACGGCAGUACCAAUAAAGUGCGGGAGUUGGUGCAGAAGUAUCCUGACAAGCAUCAUGUGUAUCCACAGCUGAGCGCUUCAGGUCUUGUGGGAACUACCGAGCUGAGUGUUGGCACAGCUCUCGCUUGUUUUCUAGCGCAGGAAGGGGCUGACAUCAACUACGCCAACCACAAGGGAAAGAGUCCCCUGGACCUGGUGGCAGACAGCACCAUGAUGCAGCUCAUCAAGAGCUUCUCUGAGAAACACAGGUUGCAGCGUCUGCAGGCCAUCACAUGCGGGCAAAGCCUGAGCAGCGCCAGCCUGCGACGGGUCCACACUACACCCAACACCAUGACCAACCUGGUUCUUCCCACACUGCCGGGGCCCAGCGAAUGCCUCAUCUGCUCGGAGCUGGCUCUGCUGGUUCUCUUCUGCCCCUGCCAGCACAGCGUGGCCUGUGAAGAGUGUGCCCAUCGAAUGAAGAAAUGCAUCAAAUGCCAAGUCACAAUCACCAAGAAAAUUAGACAAGACCAAACGGAGGUGGACUGCAGCCCCGGCACCGAGAACUCGGAGCAGCACAACCUGCUGGAGCAGCUGCAGUCUCGCUACCGGCAGAUGGAGGAGCGGAUCACCUGCCCCAUCUGCAUCGACAACCACAUCAAGCUGGUCUUCCAGUGCGGACACGCCUCCUGCAUCGACUGCAGCGCCACGCUCAAGACCUGCCCCAUCUGCCGCCAGACCAUCCGCGAGCGCAUCCAGUUAUUCGUCUGAGCCUCUCUGUCCUCUCGGCUCGUAACAACCCAAAGAGGAUGUCGGAGGGCGCUGGAGAGAAGUGGGGGUGGGAGCCAGUGACCUGUAUCUGCCUGUCGCACCCUCCUGCUCACCCCCCCCCCCUGGUCGAACACUCACUCAGCCCAUAGGUUGCUUUACCAUAAGACGCUGUGUUACAUCGCUGAGUAGUUUCCCUCUCGAACAGCGCAGGCAGGAACAUGUCGAUAACUUAACGGCGUCAGAAGUGGUCGUUCCGCCGAGCCCGACGAGAAGCAGACGAGGCCGUGCUGCCCCUUUGAGUACUUUGAUUGGUAAACUGGGAGAAAAAUGCCCCCUCCCCCACCUCUUCUCUUCCUCACACCCACCCAGCUUCCACCUCCUGUAAUCUGUCCUAUCUUUGCUGCUUUAAGUGGAUGUCUGUUACCCAUCAUCCUCUCUGGCUGUCUGGCCUCCCUCUGUUUACAAGGCUGCGCAGAAUCAGUCCCCGUCUCCUCGUGAAUUAUGUUUGCUCUCAUUUGUACCAUCUCUUAAUAAUCAGUGUUAGUCUCUGCAGAGGGAGUUGGUAUAACUAAAGGCUCUCUAUAUAGUCCCCGACCACUCGCCUGUAUGCAAGGGGAAAUACACACUAUAUAUGCAUGAAUAUAUGCAUAUUGUAAAGCUGAAAAUGACCGUGUUGUCAUGGGUGAUUUGUCGUCGUCGUCGUAGUUUUAUGUCUCUCUGGUUACAUUUGUGGUUUUUAAUGUACCGAUCAGUACAGGUUUUUAUUUAUGUGUGAAAGGUGGUAUUUCUUAGUGAUGUCCUUUUUACUUUAGUUGGUGUUUGCCUGGCAACAUUUUUUUUUCUGUUUCUACUGAACUUCACCCUAAGCCUAUGUCCUCUACUCAGGGUAUCAAAUCAUUGAAAGCACUGGUGAUAUCCAUAACAGGUCAAAGAGACACACACACACACACACACACACACACACACACACACACACACACACACACACACACACACACUCACACACCGUUACAGAGCUGCAGUGUGUCAGAUCAUUAUAGUGGAGGGUCACUGAAAGAAAAAGGUCAUUAAUUGUUAACAUUUUUGCUUACUGACUCCAAAUUCACUUUAUCAACCUUCAAAAAUUCAUUCUCAUCAGUGAAAUUAAUGUUUGCAGAAGAGAUAAAAAAAACACCCUGCAAAUAAAAGAAGUCCUUGAAGCAUCCCGGUCAGCUUUAAAGCGUUGUGUUUGUGUCUGAAGAGCAGAGUCUGUCAUCUGACUGGUGUAGGAAGCAGCGAGCAGCGGAUACUCGUGUCACCUGAUGUAAGAUACAGAUCUGAAGGGCAAAAACGUGACAUUGUUGUGUUGCACCUCGAGUUCCACGUCUACCUUCCCAAUGGAGUCGUUUGAGAAGAAACCCCCUCUGUCUCCUCUGGAGUUCUGGAUUGUACAUCACCUUCAUCCUUUCUAAUGUUUUGGUGUGUUUUCUUGAAGGGCUUAUGCAUAUGAGAAAAAAAAAAUCGUAUCUAUUUUAAUCGUUAUUUAAUUUUUCUUUUCUAUAAUAAACUUCCAGAGACAGGAAGUCUUUCUGUCUUCAUUAGAUCCCACAUUUUUGGGAGAGCCAAUGUUAAAGAUGUACAUUUGAAUGUCGGGGAAGAAAAAUGUAUCCUGUCUCACUCUGCCUUUUUUUAUGUGUAAAGAAAAAAGAUGUAAGAGAAGGAGCUGGAGAGACGUGUUUACCACGAGUUUUACUUUGAGGAAAGAACUUUUACAUCUGUGCCAAAUCGCAUGAGGAUGUGCAUGGGCAUGCACGCCCGAAUUUAUCUAGACGCACUAUGCUAAACCCCUCCGAGCUCAAGGGAGGGCUCAAUUAUUCCAGCAGUGUGAAGUAAACUAAAAGAAAAUGUUAAUAUUUAAUUUAGUUCAAAAUAAGAAGUGUUACUUAGUCACUGGUGUUAGAGCUAAUGGUGUUAGUCUCCUAACUUUAGCCGCCGUGCUUCUCCUGUUCUCACUGAGGAGCGGGGCUCACUUCCAAAAUAUUAUCAGUCCCAUAUUGUUUGGAGCUUUCUACAAGAAUAUAUAGUUAUAUUUUGUGAGACGUUAUCAAUCAAGGGGACAAGUUUCUUACAGAAAUUUCGACAUUUUAAGGAUUGUGGUUCUAAGUUGAUGGGUUUACAGGCAAAGGCAAUAAUGUUUUCGAAAAUUGGGGAAGAGGUUUGAGUUCUUUCUUUUUCACCCCCUUAAGGAGGUCGCUGUGAGGGCGGGAAACCAUUUAUGUAUAAAAACACUAUCAAAUGUUACUAUUGGUGUUUGUACAGUUCAGCUCUUGGAGUUCUGAUGUUGGCCUUACUGUCCAUUCCUCCUCUGUUGAUGUUUUUUCAGUUGUAUUCUGUACAAAAAUAUUUUGCAAUAAAUAUGGAACUGUUUUCUAAGUA